CGGCUGAGGCUGAGCGAGUCACUGGAAAGUGUGUGUGAGUGUGUGCUUGUGUGUGUACUUAGGUUUCGCUUAUUAUGAAGGAAGCACAGUCUCUAAAAUGUUGUGUUUCCAGUUGCUCUCACUGUGGUUCAUCCUGCAUGUGUGCCACCGUUCACUUGGGGAGUUUUACACCUCAAUGAUGACUAUAAAGCAAAGCAUUUUAUCAGAAAGACAACUCAUCGAUCAUUUAAGAAGAUACCUUCAUCGGGAAACUCAAAGACUUGAAGACAUUAAACGGUUCUAUACAAAGGUUACUGCAUUUCAUGAGGCGACACACAAUGAUUCAACAGUUUCCAUGGAUAAUCCUUUGGCAGCAUUUACACUCAUCAAGAGAUUACAGUCUGAAUGGUUGAACAUAAUCUACAGCAACAAAGCUGAAGAAAAUGUCCAAGAGAUGAAAGGUUUUUAUAAGAAGAUAGAAAGCAACUUGCCAAAGCUGGAGGACCUGCAGGGAGCAGCACAGGGGCUGAUGAGACUCCAGGACGUGUAUUCCCUUCAAUUGGAGGGAAUGGUGAAAGGUCAUUUCCAGCGGGUCAGCAAUGGAACCAUAGUUGACAUUUACAAGCCAUCUGUAUGUAUCUCUCUCUCUGGGGAUGACUGCUUUCUUGUUGGAAAGGUGGCGUACCAUGGGGAGGAUUACUAUCAUUCUGUACAAUGGCUUGAGGAGGCAGUGCGGCUUUUUCGAGGCUUUAACAGGAGCCCAGAAAAUGAGGGCACUUUGGAAGAUGCCCUAGAUUACUUAGCUUUCUCUCACUUUAAGACAGGAAACAUCUUCUCUGCACUUAGCCUGUCCUUGGAGCUGCUGCAUUAUGAUCCAUCAAACAGAAGAGUUCUGCUAAAUGUGGAGAAGUAUGAAAAACUUCUGUCUAAAAAUUAUGCCGUUUCAAGGCUAGGGUCUGGAUUAAAGAGACCCAGUACCACCUACCUGAGAACAAGAGACACAUAUGAAACACUUUGCCAAAGCCAGGGAUCUCAGCCAAAGCAUUAUGAAAACCCAAGACUUUUUUGUGACUAUUACACCAAUGGAAGUCCUGGCCUGCUCCUGCAGCCCAUGAAACGUGAGCUAGUGAACCUGCAGCCUUAUGUUGUCCUGUUUCAUGACUUUAUCACAGGAGGAGAGGCUCACUACAUCAGGGAGUCUGCAGUGCCAGCACUAAGGAGAUCAGUAGUGGCUUCAUCUGUGAACCAGUCCACUGCUGACUAUCGCAUCAGCAAGAGCGCAUGGCUGAAGGGCUCAGAACAUCCCACUGUUAGCAAGGUGGACCGUCGUAUCAGUCUGCUAACAGGCCUGAAUGUUCAGUAUCCCUAUGCGGAGCAUCUGCAAGUGGUCAACUACGGUAUUGGGGGACACUAUGAACCUCAUUUUGAUCAUGCCACAUUAAAAUCCAGCCCGCUGUACAGACUUAACUCUGGAAAUCGAAUGGCUACCUUUAUGAUAUAUCUUAGCUCCGUGGAAGCAGGAGGAUACACUGCCUUCAUCUAUGCCAACUUCAGCAUUCCUGUAAUUAAGAAUAGUGCUGUGUUCUGGUGGAACCUCCACAGAAAUGGCCAGGGGAAUGGAGAUACGCUGCAUGCAGGCUGUCCAGUCCUGGCUGGUGAUAAAUGGGUGGCCAAUAAAUGGGUGCAUGAAUACGGGCAGGAGUUUCGUUGGCCCUGCAGUCCCAACCCUCAUGAAUGACUUGGAUCAUCAGGAGCAUAAGCCUCGUUAUGUGGGUAGGGGAGAAAGAAGAGGACAGGCCAGACUUCUGCAGGGGAGUGUGGAAAUUGGCAGAGGAGAUGUGGAAAUUAGGGGAUAGUUGGCUAAAUUGGACUGGACUCCAUCGGACUGCAUUUUCCAGGCUUCUUGGCCUCAAAAGUGAUAAAUUGGCUUCAUUUUACUCUGCCAGGUCAUGUAGACUUUCAGAACUAAAUUAACAGAACGCAGCAUGCACCUUAUUGUUUGCAGAGGGUUUUUGUGUGUGUGUGUGUGUGUGUGUGUGUGUGUGCGUGUGUGUGGAUUGUGUCACUUGCAAAAAAAAAGGGCUCAUGUAUUUUUUACUCAGAUGGAGGUAUGCACACAUUCAAAUUCUGUUUAAAAUACGGUCCAAAUCUCUGUAAUUUAUCAGUUCAGUAUAUUGUACCAUGUUAAGCAUGAACAUUGUGAGACCUAUGAAAUAAAACAGU